CGGAAGCCCCCGCGGCGGCGGCGGCGGCGCGAUGGCGGCGGCGGCGACGGCGCUGUUGGAGUCCUGGCCCGAGCUGGAGCAGGCGGAGCGGCAGCGGCGGCGGGAGCUGCUGCUGACGGGGCCCGCGCUGGAGGAGCGCGUGCGGGCGGCGGGCGGGCGGCUGCCGCCGCGGCUCUUCACGCUGUCGCUGCUGCACUACCUGGAGGUGAGCGGCUGCGGGAGCCUGCGCGAGCCGGGCCCGGGCCUGGCGCAGGGCCUCCCGCAGCUGCAGAGCCUCGUGCUGCGGCGCAACGCGCUGGGGCCCGGCCUGAGCCCCCAGCUCGGCCCGCUGCCCGCGCUGCGCGUGCUCGACCUGUCGGGCAACGCGCUGGAGGCGCUGCCGCCGGGCCAGGGCCUGGGCCCCGCCGAGCCGCCGGGCCUGCCGCAGCUGCAGAGCCUCAACCUCAGCGGCAACCGGCUGCGCGAGCUGCCCGCCGACCUGGCGCGCUGCGCCCCGCGCCUGCAGACGCUCAACCUCACCGGCAACCGCCUGGACGCUUUCCCCGCCGAGCUCUUCCGGCCCGGCGCGCUGCCGCUGCUCAGCGAGCUGGCGGCGGCGGACAACUGCCUGCGGGAGCUCAGCCCGGACAUCGUGCACCUGGCCUCGCUCAAGACACUGGACCUCUCCAACAACCAGCUGAGCGAAGUCCCCGCGGAGCUGGCCGACUGCCCGCGGCUCAAGGACAUCAACCUGCGUGGGAACCGGCUGAAGGACAGGCGCCUGGAGAAGAUGGUGGGCAGCUGCCAGACCAAGUCCAUCCUGGAGUACCUGCGCGCGGGCGGCCGGGGCGGCGGCCGGGGCAAGGGCAAGGCGGACGCGGAGAAGGACGAGGGCCGGAGGAAGAAGAGGGAGAGGAGGAAGAGGGAGAGCGGGGAGGAGGAGGACGAGGUGGACGAGGCCAGCCGCCUGCUGCUCCGCGUGCUGCACGUCUCCGAGAACCCCACCCCGCUGACAAUCACGGUCGGCCCCGAGGUCAGGGCCGUGCGGCCGUACAUCGUGGGGGCUGUCGUGAGGGGCAUGGACCUGCGGGCGGGGAACACGCUCAAGCGCUUCCUCACCUCUCAGACGAAGCUGCACGAGGACGUCUGCGACAAGAGGACGGCGGCCACCAUCGCCACCCACGAGCUCCGGGCGGUCCGAGGGCCCCUGCUGUACACCGCCCGCCCGCCGCCGGACCUCAAGAUCGUCCCCCUGGGGCGCAAAGAAGUCAAGGCCAAGGACCUGGUUCGGCAGCUGCAGCUGGAGGCUGAGGAGCACCGCAAACAGAGGAAGAGGCAGACCGUCUCGGGCCUGCACAGGUACCUGCACCUGCUGGACGGGAAGGAGCAGUACCCCUGCCUGCUGGACGCCGACGGCGAUGUCAUCUCCUUCCCGCCCAUCACCAACAGCGAGAAGACGAAGAUUAAGAAAACGACUUCCGAUUUGUUUCUGGAGGUGACGAGCGCGACGAGUCUGCAGAUCUGCAAGGACGCCAUGGAUGCCCUCAUUCUGAAAAUGGCAGAGAUCAACAAACAGGCUUUGGAAAGCAAAGAGGAGGGAGCGGUCUCAGAUGCGGAAACCGACGCCACCCCAGGACAGCGCGAGGACCCCAGGGCGGACCCCGGCGCCGAGCGGGGCGGGCACGCGCCCCUCCUGGUGGAGCAGGUGCGGGUGGUGGACGAGGAGGGGCGCCUGAAGGUGCUGUACCCGUCCAAGACGGACCUGGACCUCCCCGCAGCCCUCGUCACGGUGCUCCGCUGAGACGCGGCCCGCUCAGUCCUCUGCUUGGGGCC